CUCCGAAAUUAGCUAUGUUCAUAACCAAUAUCAGCGAAAAUGUUGAGAACGUCUUUUAAUCAGAUCAAUAGUUCAGUUGUAAGGAAUUCUUUACAUUUAAAAGGAUUUGUUGGCUUGCGCUUCAUUACCACGAAGGGUGAUUUAAAUCGAGUUGAUCGUGAAGGUGAAACAGAGGAAUCACAACGGGCAAGACUAAAGUAUCAAUCGAGAAAAAGAGGAAUUUUGGAGACGGAUCUACUCUUGUCAAACUUUGCUAAAACGAAGCUGGAUAAGUAUUCUGUAUCUGAUCUCCAAGAAUAUGACCGUCUCCUUGAUGAGCCUGAUUGGGAUAUAUUAUAUUGGUCAUCUGGCGAACGUGAAAUACCUGAGCGAUGGAAAAAUAGCAAAGUGCUAAAGGAAUUAAGCGCCUACUGUCGAAGUCGGAGAAACCAUACUUUACGGAUGCCUAAUCUUUUUUAAUAUUAGGUUUUUGAAAUAACUUUUAUUCGUUCAAUAAAGAAUACUUCUAGGGAAACAAUUUAAUACCAAUAUACCAUUUUUUGAUCUUUUCUGUUUCUUCAGUGUUCAAAUAGUACCACA